CGACUGCGUACCUGGUCAGUGGUCAUCAACACCAUGUUUUCACUCUUAGCUGGUGUGCUAUCCCUUGCCAUCGCUGCGCAGGCGGCGGUCAUUGUCCCAGGCGCUGCCUGGACGGACACUGACGGCAAUGUAAUUCAAGCUCACGGAGGCGGCUUCCUCAAGGUCGACUCGACGUGGUACUGGUGGGGUGAAGACAAAAGUCAUAAUAGCGGCUCCUUCAAGGCCGUGUCGUGCUACUCAUCUCCCGACCUGAUGACUUGGAAGCGCGAGACGGAUGCACUGACUCCCGUUGCCGGGACCAACAUCUCCGACUCGAACAUCGUGGAGCGGCCCAAAGUGAUCUACAAUAAGAAGAACAACGAAUACGUGAUGUGGUUCCACGCCGACUCGUCCAACUACGGCGCAGCCCAGCAGGGCGUCGCGACCGCCUCCACACCUUGCGGUCCUUUCAAGUUCCGCGAGAGCUUCCAGCCUCUUGGUGCCCAGUCCCGCGACAUGGGUAUCUUCGUGGAUGACGAUGACACGGCGUAUGUCCUCUAUGCCAGCGACAACAACCAGAACUUCAAGAUCUCGCGCCUCGAUGACGAUUACUACACGGUCACGGAGCAAGUCAACCAAAUUUCCUCAUCCACGCUCGAGUCUCCUGGUAUCUUCAAGCGCGAUGGGACUUACUACCUCAUCGCCAGCCACACUACCGGGUGGGCGCCCAACCCCAACAAGUUCUUCACCGCCUCGUCCAUCGACGGUACCUUCUCCUCCCAGGCCGACAUCGCGCCCUCCAACACGCGCACGUACUACUCGCAGAACACCUUCGAGCUCCCCCUCGGCGACGACGUCCUCUACGCCGGCGACCGCUGGCGCCCCAGCCUCCUCGGCAGCAGCCGCUACAUCUGGCUCCCGCUGACCUUCGACUCGGGCAAGCCGCAACUCGUGUGGGCGGAUGUGUGGUCGGUGGAUAUCAAUGCGGGCACGUACACCAUCGCUCAGGGUACGACCUACGAGGCGGAGAGCGCGACGAGGGCUGGGAACACGACUGUCAUCUCUAACUCGGCGUUCUCUGAGGGCAAGGGCAUCGGCUACAUCGGCAAGGGCGGCACCGUCACCUUCGAGAACGUCGAGGGCACCGGUAAACCUCAGUGGGUCUCGAUCUACUAUGCGAACGGCGAUUCCAGCUACCGCACGGUGUCCGUCAGCGUCAACGGCGGCGACUCCGUCAGCGUAGACCAGCCCGACAGCGGAGGGAGCAGCGUCAUCCUCUCCGUCCCCGUCCAGCUUACGCUUAAGUCUGGAUCGAACACGCUCACCUUCGGUGAUCAGGAUUCGUACGCUGGAGACCUCGACAAGAUCAUCGUCUACACGGAUGCCUAGGUGGUUGGAGAGGCAUUUCUAGUCUCGAAUGUCAUGACAAAAGUGUAUCCCUGGGACUUUCACAAGGUUGAAUCAAAGAAUCGUUGUCUACCACUUCCUUGCGUUUGAACCGGCCACAGUGCACAGCUGAGAGGGCCUGUAUUGUUACUAUACCUGCACAGAAAGUAAACACCAAUGACAGGCUAGGCGGUAAGCAGAGGCCACGAAGGAGCGACGGCGGAUUCUAUGUUGGUUGCAUGCAUUAUAAAUACAUUAAUGCGUAGAGGUUAGGCGCUGUAUGCUACGGCAACAGUCAGAUCGAACGACG